AUGGGUGGAUUCAGACAUUCUGGGAUUUUAAUGUUGAUUCUGGCAGUUGUACUAGGUUCUGCUGAAGCUGAUUUGAAGAUGAAUUUCUAUGCCAAGACAUGUCCAAAAGCUGAGAAAAUUGUACAGGACUAUGUCAAUAAACACAUCCCAAAUGCUCCAUCUCUUGCUGCCACCCUCAUAAGGAUGCAUUUCCACGACUGCUUCGUCCGGGGGUGUGAUGCAUCUAUUCUUCUGAACUUCACAUCAAGCACAGGAAACCAAACUGAAAAGGUUUCAGUCCCAAAUCAAACAGUCAGGGGCUUUGAUUUCAUUGACAGGGUGAAGAGUCUGCUUGAAUCUGAAUGCCCUGGUGUCGUUUCUUGUGCAGAUAUCAUCAGUUUGACAGCAAGAGACGCCAUCGUGGCCACGGAAGGAACGGCUUCGGGUUGGUUUCCGGGUUCCGGGAAGGGUCGACCCGAAUUUCUUGGAUUUCUCUGGAAACUUUUGGGAUGUUGGAAUUUUUGUGGGUCAAUAGCAACGUUUUCUUGUUACUGUUGCGCCUUGAGGCUCAAGGAUGGCACAUUUGACUUUGAGCACAGUUGUGUGAAACUAGAAUUCCUGUGUGAUGUAGAAUAUGACACUGAAGAAAGUGGAGGUGGGGUUAGGGGCAAGCGGGCUUCUUCCUUCUGCUCUCCACCGCCACACCCCCACUGCUGGUUCCAAAUCAAAUCGUUAACCUUUUCGGAUUUUGAAGUUCGCCUCAAGCCCUACGGAAUCACGCUAAUGGGGAAGGUAAAGGGAAAACAUCGUUUGGAUAAGUACUACUAUUUGGCAAAAGAGCAUGGCUAUAGAUCUCGAGCUGCAUGGAAGCUGGUUCAACUUGAUUCAAAGUUCGGUUUUCUUCGUUCGGCUAAUUCCGUGCUUGACCUCUGCGCCGCACCGGGUGGAUGGAUGCAAGUGGCCGUCGAGAAGAUGCCCGUCGGAAGUUUAGUAAUCGGUGUCGACCUCGACCCAAUUCGACCAAUCCGCGGCACCAUCUCUGUACAGGAGGAUAUCACCCGGCCCAAGUGUAGAGCGUUGGUUAAGAAACUCAUGGCAGAGAAUGGAUGCAGGGCUUUCGACUUGGUGCUGCACGACGGCUCGCCUAAUGUUGGUGGUGCUUGGGUUAGGGAGGCUACCGGUCAGAAUGCUCUGGUGAUUGACUCGGUUAAGCUUGCUACGGAGCUUUUGGCUCCCAAAGGAACUUUUGUCACCAAGGUUUUCAGAUCUCAAGAUUAUACUGCCGUCCUUUUCUGUCUUAGACAGCUCUUUGAGAAGGUUGAAGUGGAUAAACCACAAGCUAGUCGUUCAGCAUCAGCCGAAAUUUAUAUUGUGUGUUUCAAGUAUAAGGCACCUGCUAAAAUUGAUCCGCAACUUCUUGAUGUAAAGUACCUCUUCCAAGGAGGUAAAGAGCCUCCAAAGGUGGUGGAUGUUAUAUCUCUAUGUGAUGAUCUUCGUGUCUUGGGGAAGCAAGACUUCAAGCAUCUUUUAAAAUGGCGCAUGCAAAUAAGGAAGGCACUGUCUCCUAUAGAGAAGGCUACUUUUGUUACGACGACCGUGGAACGGGAGGGCAAAGAACAUGAAGAUGAUAGGAUACUUAAUGAAAUGGAGGAGUUGGCAAAUGCCAUGGAGCAGAAGAAGAAAAAGACAAAGAAACUUCUAGCAAAGAGACAAGCCAAGGACAAAGCUAGGAAAGCAUUAGGCAAGCAAAUAGACGCGACAGAGGAUGGCUACACCGAUCAUGAAUUGUUCACUCUAACUUCUAUCAAGGGGAAGAAAGAACUUGUGGCUAUUGAUAAUGAUGAAUAUGAUUGUGAAAAUGAUGAAAUUGGAAGUAGUGACAGCGAAGGAGGCCUUGAGGAAGCCCAAGGGGACACAUCUAGUGAUGCAGACACUGAUGAAGAACACCAACGGUAUGGUGAGCAACUGCAGGAGUUACUUGACAAAGCCUACGAAAGAUUUGUAGCUAAACAGGAAGGAACUACGAAGCAGAGAAAGCGUACAAAACAAGCUUAUUUUGAGGGCGAUCAACUCUUGGAGGGUGACAAUGACAAUAACAUGGUUCAUUCUGAUCGAGACUCCGAUAAUGAUGGAGAUCGUGAGGUGAAUCCGCUUGUGGUACCACUCUUAGAGAAUGCACCGAGUCAGGAGGAGAUUGCAUCAAAAUGGUUCAGUCAAGAUGUCUUUAUGGACGCCGAUGAAAGAGAGGAUUUGGAGAAUGAUGAUAGCGAAGGUGAAAUGCAGAUGGAUAUGCCAGUCGAACAUCCCACAAUUCAGGAGAAGACAAUUGAAGAUUCACCAGAAAAAUUCAAGGGUUCAAGAAAGACAAGUAAAUUACCUACAGUAAAAGUUUCCAAAGUAGAUGACGAUCUUGAGAUAGUUCCUGCUCCACAUAUAGAUUCUAGUGAUUCAUCAGACGACUCAGAUGAAGACGACAUUGGUUCAAAAGCAGAGAUAUUAGCUUGUGCAAAAAAGAUGCUGACGAAAAAGCAGAGGGAACAGGUUCUUGAUGAUGCGUACAACAAAUAUAUGUUCCAUGAUGAGGGAUUAUUACCGAAGUGGUUUGUGGAUGAGGAAAAGAGGCAUUACCAGCCAAUCAAGCCUGUGACAAAAGAGGAGAUUGCUGCAAUGAGAGCACAGUUCAAAGAAAUUGAUGCUCGGCCAGCAAAGAAGGUGGCACAAGCGAAAGCUAGAAAGAAACGAGCUGCCCAUAAGCAGCUAGAAAAGGUACGCAAGAAGGCGAACUCUAUAUCGGAUCAGAUAGAAAUAUCAGACCGUUCGAAGAGUAAAAUGAUCGAACAGCUUUAUAAGAAGGCAACACCUAAAAAACCUAAGAAGGAAUAUGUGGUAGCAAAGAAGGGCGUUCAAGUCAAGGCUGGAAAGGGGAAAGUUGUUGUUGAUAGACGAAUGAAAAAGGAUGCCAGGAAGCAGGGAAUGAACAAGCGGGGGAAAGAAACAAAAGGAAAGAAGAAAGGUAAAGGAUCAGCGAAGGGACCAAGAAAGGGGAAGGAAAAGGGAAAGGGAAAAGGAAAAGGGGGAAGUAAAAUGAAGUAG